UCUGAUGAUGGCCAUAGCUACAAGACUACUGACUGAGCAAUGUCUAAACCCUAGCUUGAUCCAGGCUCAUCUCUCUGUCUCUGACCGACACACAUGGAUUUGAGUCAAGAAACCAACAAGGACGAGGGCGCAAGGACGUCGUCCCCGAGCGGUGAGGCUGACGACGACAAGGAGGAGCUGAUGCAGAAGCAGCAGCGCGCCGGCAGCGGCGACGAGGACGACGAGGGAACAAGGCAGCCGUACAAGUGCACCUUCUGCAGGAGGGGGUUCCCGACGGCGCAGGCGCUCGGCGGCCACAUGAACGUCCACCGUAGGCACAGGGGGAGGCCAGCAGCGCCGGCGGCAGCAGCGCAAGGAAGCAGCAGCAGUUGCUACGAGCAGCAGCCGUACGUAUACUCCACGACGAGGACGAUGCCCGUGUUGGCGGCGUUCGGCCAAACGCAUCCGGCGGCGAGCGGGGCAUCCAUGGCGGCCGGCGGGGGCUUGUUGCACGCGGCGGAACUGCAGCGGCCGUACGAGCUGCGCCUGUUCGGCCGUGACUGCGCCGCCGGCGGUCGCGGCAAGGAAGGUGGCGCCGGAGACGUCCACCGAGAUCGCUGCUACGCGAGAGACGGGGACGGUGGCGAUCAUGGCGGAGGGGAGGAGCUGGACUUGGAGCUCAGGCUUGGCGGCGCAGCUGGAUCAUGAAGCUUCUUCGAUCAGCUCCGAUCCAUGCUUUUCAGAGUAUGUAUGUAUAUACGCGCAUGUGCCAUUUUUCUCUCGCUAACCAAAUCUAACUGUCUCCGCGAUUAGCUGAGUACUUCCUUCACAUCGUCACGUGAAUCAUCAUAUGUAGCAGCUACAUGCAGUGCUUUUAGAUCCA